CCCAGAUUCCCAGUUGACAUGUCAUACAACACAAUAGUACUUUGGUUGAGCGACACCCGGCCUCAACCACCUCAAAGUUAUCCAUGCUAAAAUCACAGAUUCACCGCUACUUGCUGGUAUCAAAGCAGAGGUUAAAUCUGAGAUCGUCGCCAUGCCAAAUCCCACCUCGUCGCUAUGUUGAGCUAAGCGCCAAGCAGAGGUCUCCAUAUCCCGAAUCCACUCCGUCCCAAUUACUUCGAUUCGCUUUGACAGGUACGACCAAACGUCCUCAGUAUAAUGUGUUCGACCCAAGUCUGGAUCUGCAUCUUUCGGAGGCAUUUAACAACAAGUUGCCUUCCCCGUUCUGGGUCAGCCUUCAGCGAACCCCAGAAGCCCCCGCUUCUAUGCCCUCGCGCCUCGAUACCAGACAAAUCAAAAGUCUUCCCGAUUUCCAAAUCUUUAUCGAGAACAAUGUGACAAACAAGAAAGGCUGUAGGCGUCUGCAGUCACAGCAUUGCGUUCCCCUGUUCAGAGCGUUAGAGCGCUGCCAACGGCAUGAUCAAUUCGCAGAGAUUCUCUCUGCGAUCAAUGGGAUUGUGACGCGGAUAGAGAGAAUUGACGGGCAAUGCUCACAGCGUCUGUAUGUACUGGGUAUGUACUACGCAGCGCUCGCAUUCUCAGCGCCAGCCCUUCAGCGCUACUUGCAAGGCUACUUAGCUGUUAGCUCGCAACGCUUAGGUCCGAAUGAAAGCAGACUUCUAGUCCAUGCUCUCCUCGAUGCCUUGAAAUAUCUAGACUUCUGCGACGGGGCCCACGAUAUAGGUGCGAUAACCAGCUUGGUCGCUGGAGAAGACACGACUAAACAAAUUCGCCUGCACGAUAUAUUAUACUGGGCAGGGCCUGACCCCUUAGACAUAUGGUCCGGAUCUUACUUCACGUUGCUUGUCAAGCUCGGGAAUAAGCAACUACAAGAGGCUCUCUGGGCCCAUCUCAUACAGGGCCUGUCGCCUAAGUCACAUGAGAACCAAUUCCGCGCUGCGUAUACAUGUGUGGAGGCCUUGAUAGACGUCGGGGCUACACAGAGAGCCGUUGCAUACUUGAGACAGAUUUCAGAGCGCGCCAACUGUACUCUGCCAUACAUUUCGAAGGCAAAAUCACUUUGCGACUCUCUCUCUGCCGAUGAACUUCAACCCUCCCUGGUUGGCGAGAAAGAACAUACUGAAAUUUUGAAUCAGCGUCUCGCAGAUAUGGAGGACCAGUUGGGGAUUCGCUGGCAGUCUGACAUGCUACUCCAUUCAAGUGCUUCUAACCCGCUCAUGGCUGCUAGCGAGCAACCCCUAUUGACCAUAGAUGGAGAUAGCACUGGCUAUGAUAGCGUUGAACGGCUUCUUGCACAGAUCCAAAACCUUGGAUGUUCGAAAUCAAACGCGGAUCUUGGUCAAAUUGCUGAGAGCCUCCACGAACAUGAUGGAAGCUUGAUCUAUAUCUCGGUUAUCUCUGAUGUAGAUAUAGACCUGGAGUAUGCUUGGUGUCCCCAGGUUUCCCCGGUUGAAUUCCCAGAGUCCUUAUCGCCAGCUGGAACCGACUUUUCUAGGCCCUGGACACCAUCCACACUAGGCCUACUCCGCGUUAGUGUUGACAGUAAUGGUCAGUCUUCCGCGGAAAAGCGGUCCCUACAUUUGAUGCAGCUCGGGACCCUAGUCGCAAGACCGAAAGCCUAUCAAGAGCAAGGCUCACCAGAUGCCACUAAUUGGGAACAAACGGGGCACAUCUUUGCUUGGGACCGUUUCCACGGGCGAUUUGUCGCCGUCUUCGUAGGACAAACUCACGGCGCAGCCGACCAUUGCAUAGAGCCGGGGCAGUCAAAGCUGCGCCAUGGAUUAAGCUCCAUCAUAGCGGUUAACUCUUUGAUUGGACUCGAUUCACACUGGUCUAGCGAUCGCGUGACUGCAAUUGGUAGUGGCGCGACGACAUAUCACCUUCAUGUUGAUAAAAGUCCAGAUCUGUUGUCAUGACGGGGCUUAUCAUGGGUUGGGCUUCUUUUGUACACAGGAGCCCUGCAAUUGAAGCAUGCACCCACGUCUCUUUAACCUGCGAAAUAUGAUACCUAAAUGCGGGUAUAUGAUGUGAAAUGUUGUAAUAUGCAUUACGCGUUGUACCCUUAUCGAACAGAGGUGGCGAAGUACUUCAUGGUGCAUAUAAUCCUUUCUCGGGCCGCAGUAUUAUCGAGAAUACUGAUAGCCGUAGACAUGCAAUGACCAGCCAGAUAUAUGCAUCGCAAGUUAUGCAGCGAGG